ACAAGAUUAAGAACUUAAAUCAUGAAUAGCGUAAAAAUACGAUUGUGUGUUAUGGUGACAGGGAGGCCUUAUAGCCAGCAUUUUGAUCGGCAUCCGGGUGCUGGGUCGACAUUACACCGUUACCAAGUACCUGUCCGUGCUGAUGAUUACACUCGGCACUAUCAUCUGUACCUUCGCAUCUGCUGAACACUUGGAGGAGGAGCCUGCGGACUCCGAGGGCUUCUCCAGCUUCACCACUUGGCUCAUGGGCAUCGCUAUUCUUACCUUCGCACUCUUCAUGUCGGCUCGUAUGGGCAUCUACCAGGAGUGUCUCUAUACUAAGCACGGCAAACACCCCCACGAGGCACUCUUCUUUAUUCACACAUUGUCACUGCCUGGGUUCUGA